GACAGUUUCCAGUUUCCAGCUGGAAGCCAAGUAUGGCGUUUUCAUGCCAAGACGAUUCCAUGCAUAUAAUCACCAGACCUUUAACUUCUCUUACAAUAUAUAAAGCCCAAGAAUGCGAGUAUGUAUCGCCUUAAUUGCAGUGAAAACAAGGCGGCAUGGAUCGAUUGCAGACCUUGAAACUGGAGCGCACCCUUUCAAUCCAGUCAUGUUUCCCGCAAUGGGCUUCCAGUGCCUCUUCGACGGCUAGCAGUAACAUAGGAACCCCAAGAUCAACGGCUGCAGAACAUUUUAUUUCACUUCAGCUGAGUAGCCGCCACGAUCAAGUCGAGGUUGCUGCUGCUGCGGCGUCGUUUAAUACCUUCAAACACCAGGUUGUCAGCCCCGCCGCUGCUCCACAGACACUCUCUGCUUGUUUUCCUAGAUCGCAAAGAACAAAAUCUACAAAUCUUGCCAUUUACAUUCCUCUAUGCCAAGCUGCACUCAAGGGUGAUUGGCAGAAGGCUAAAGAAUUUAUCAGUCUGCAUCCAGAUGCAAUAACUGCCAGGAUCUCCAAAGGGUGGGAAACAGCUCUUCAUAUUGCUGCUGGAGCUAACCGCAUUCACUUUGUGGAAGAGUUGGUAAAUCUUAUGGAUCCAUUGGACUUGGAAUUGAAAAACAAGUAUGAUAAUACCGCGCUUUGUUUUGCUGCUGCAUCUGGAAUAAAAAGAAUCGCGGAGAUUAUGGUAACAAAGAACGCAAAUUUGCCAGUGGUGAGGGGCAGCAAGGGGGUGACACCUCUUCACAUGGCUGCAUUGUUAGGUCACAGGGAGAUGGCGUGGUAUCUUUAUGCUGUUACUGAUCAUCGGUGUCUCAGUAGAGAGGAUUAUGUUGGACUUCUUAUUGCAACUAUCAAUUCUGAUCUGUUUGAUGUCACCCUGGAUAUACUUCAGCACAAGCCUGAACUGGCAAUUGAACGCGAUCCAAAUGGGGAGACAGUACUCCAUAUCUUAGCAAGAAAGCCGUUGGCAUUUUCUGGUGAACAUGGGCUUGGACUCUUGCAGAAAUGGAUAUACAGAAGUAUCUGUGUUCAUCCUCGGAGCAGAUUCAUCCACAGCUCUGAUGAGUCUGAUCCCAAUUACAAAAAAUACACCAAAGUUCAUCCAUUCAUUGCUAGACUACAUGGGUAUCUACAACAAUUACCUGGAGUGGCAGAUAUGAAGAAAAGAAAGCUAAUGUGCAUGGAAGCACUUGAGUUGUUUAAGUGUUCAUGGGAACAGGUGCUUUUGUUGAACUGCUCACAAAUUGGGAACUUGCUCAAAAGUCCUUUCAAUCCAUUGUUUGUUGCAGCUGAAUUAGGAAACAUUCAGUUUGUUCUCCAUCUUAUUCGCUCUUAUCCUGAUCUGAUAUGGAAGGUGAAUGAGCAAAGCCAAAGUGUUUUCCACAUUGCUGUCAUUCAUCGCCAGGAAAAGGUCUUCAGGCUCAUCUACAGCAUAGGAGCACACAAGGAUCUAAUCGCCUCAUAUCAAAGUAGUGACAAUGAGAACAUGUUACACUUUGCUGCAAAAAUCGCCCCUUCAAAUCGACUCAACAUUGUCUCGGGGGCUGCACUUCAGAUGCAACGCGAGUUGCUGUGGUUUAAGGAAGUGGAGAAAAUUGUGCAGCCAUCAUACAGGGAGAUGAAAGAUUCAGGAGGGCAAACACCGCAGAUGCUGUUCACCGAGCAACACAAAAAUCUAGUGAAACAAGGAGAAAAAUGGAUGAAGGGCACUGCAUCAUCAUGCAUGCUUGUUGCUACCCUGAUUACAACAAUCAUGUUUGCAGCAAUCCUAACAGUUCCAGGAGGGGACAACAACGGGACAGGGAACCCGAUUUUCCUCCAAGACAAGUUGUUCGUUAUUUUUGCAGUAUCAGACGCCAUCGCCCUAUUUUCUUCCGUCACUUCUACACUGAUGUUCUUGUCCAUCCUAACGUCGCGCUAUGCAGAAGAAGAUUUCGUGAGUACGUUGCCAAAGAGGUUGGGUUUCGGGCUUGCAACGCUCUUCCUCUCGAUAACAGCAAUGCUGGUAGCAUUUAGUUCGAGCUUUUCGAUUGUACUAAGGGGGCAGUUAGCAUGGAUUGUGUUGCCAGUGGAAUUAGUUGCCAGCCUUCCUGUAACAUUGUUUGCAUUUCUGCAAUUUCCCCUGUUGGCUGAUACCAUUCAUUCCACUUAUGGAUCAGGGAUGUUCACUCUUAGACAAAAGGAUAUGCUAUACUAAUAUCAAAUUAAAUAUUUGUAACAAUUAUAAUUUUCAACCUACUCAAAUAUAACCCAGAUUUCUUAA